AUGUUUAAGGAUAACUGGUCAAUGAAAUUAAAAGCUUGGAAUCUAAGUGAUGGAGCUGACAUUGAGCGAGGCCAACCAGAGAAGAACGACAAGGCAUCAAAAGAUGCCAUUCCUUCGAUCGGGUUGGCUCCGACAUUGAGCUUCAGCGAUGAUGGUGAUAGCCAUGCUGGCAGUACUGGAAGUGGUUCCAAACUUUCAACCCAGGACAAGGUGGUGCGAUGGUAUAACAAUCGAGGACGGGUCCAAAAAGUAACCAUGGUCAUUGGAGUAAUACUACUUUGUUUGAUACUGAUUUCAGUUGCGAUUUGGGCAGCAAUAGGUAGCGAUGAUGCCCCGACAUAUAGCAGCAGUAUAUCAGAAGCUAUAUCUGAUCCAACUUCGUCGCCUACUUUGUCACCAUUUACAGCUACCGACAAUAUCAUGGACACUGCACGGCCAAUAGAUGAUACUACACAGUCGCCAGUGGACAUCAACCGAGACUCAACGCAACCGCCCAUUGCCGAUGUGACGCAGGUGCCAGUUGCGACACAGCAACCAGUAGAAAACGAUUCGAACUCAGCGCAAUCCCCCACAGAUACUUCUCAGGAACCUUCUACUACAUAUGCACCUGGACACUUAAAAACCUCGAAGUUCGGUCUCAUACUAUCGGAGGGUUUGGAUGCUCGAAUCAUCGCUGUAGCCGAUGAAAAAGUGGAGUAUGAGAAGAAAAAGCGUGGCAAGUCGAAAGAGAAGUUUCACAGGUUGCCUAGCGCAGGAGCCACCUUCGAAUUGCAAGACGGUGGUUGGAUAUAUGUCAGCAAUUCGGAAGCUUCACACAAGGAGGGGGGAGUUGGAGCUCUAACGUUUGACAAGAAAGGAGAGGUUCAAUCCUAUGAUAUGCUGCUGAAGGGUACAAAUCAAAAUAAAGGGGGAGGCAAAACACCCUUCGGUACCUGGAUUACUUGUGAGGAACAUGGAAAACAUGGACAUAUUUAUCAAGUUGAUCCGACCGGAGAGCGUAAGCCCGAGGAGACGACUAUCGGUCGCGAGGGAGGAAGCUGGGACAGUUUUGCCUACGAUAUUCGCGAUGAAGACUCGCCUCACUUUUUUGUUACGGAGGAUGCUGAAGAUGGCGCUUUGCAAAGGUUCACUCCAGAAAAAAUAGAUUGGAGCACGCCUUGGAAAAUGCUUCACAACGAAGGUACUAAAGAGUAUCUAAUGCUGAUCCCAAAUGCUGCAAACGAUGGAGGUCAAUUCGUCUGGACAGCCAAUCGGAAUGAAGCCCGCAAGAAUGCCGAGUUGCACUACCCCUAUACAGAAGGUCUUGAUGUUUUUGAAUCCAAGAUGUAUUUUGUAUGCAAGAAGAUGAAGCAACUGUUUGUACUCGAUUUGGAUACUGGUAUUUACUCGAGACACACAACUGAAGUUGGUUUGUUCGAUGGAUCUCCGGAUGAAGUUGAGCGAGCCGAGGAUGCUUCAAACGAGCUCCUUUAUUUCACCGAGGAUAGUGGAUCUGACAUGAAGGCUGGUGUACACGCCAGAGAUCACGAAGGAAAGUUCUAUACUGUUUUGGAGAGUGAAAUUUUCGAUGAUGAAACUACUGGGCUUUCCUUCUCUCCUGAUGGACGUUUUAUGUACAUUGCUUACCAAAGUAGCGGAUUGCUGUAUGCUGUGUGGAGAAAUGAUGGACAUCCCUUUCACCAUGAACAUUCAAAUGUCAGCUACCAUGAUUAA